AUUUGCAACCCGGAUUCCACGGCCGUUCACCGGCUACUCACUGUCUGUACAUAGAUUUAUAAAAAUAUUAUCAUUACCCAUCCUAUCCCCGCUCAGAUUUUAACCGCCCGAUAAUUUAAUCCAAUGGUCACGUAAUUUCCCCGCUACAUUUUUUUCAAAAAUUUAUUUCCCGAAUAACCGGCUAAACUCGGUCAUGAAACGUACGGAGAAUACCCUUAGCCGGCCACACUCCUCUUAUAACUCCUACUACUACUACUACUAACGCCUUGAACACUCUCGCAGAGGAUAGUGGAGGGAACUCGAGAUCCAGACCGGAGAUUUCUAAUCGGACGGUGGAGAAGGUUGGGGUUUGAAUUCUCACCUCGAUCACCGGCGCCUGGAUCUGGACCGCCGGAACCCUAGAAAUCGAUCGGUGGGGGUAAUGGGGAAGGCGGCCGGGCGAGAUUGGCUGCAGAUCUACUCGAUCUACGGCACCGACGAGUGGCAGACGGUGGGGUUCCUCGCUGUAAACGCGGCGGCCUUCGCGGCGGCGGCGAUUCUCUUGCUUCUCUACUUCUCCCCAUUCCUGGCUCUCCUCCACUCCCUCCUGCCCGCGGCUCCGCUUCCCGCCCUCCGCUACGCCGCCGGAUUCUCCGGCUCCGUCGUCGCCUUCACCUCCGCAGGACUCCUCUACGCUGCUGCUAACGUCCUCUACUCAUCCAUCCCCUUGCGGUGGGAGAUGGCGCAGCGGAUGGUCGCCGCCGUGCCGGACUGGUCCGCAGUCCGCACCGCGCUGGACGUAGGGUGCGGACGGGGGAUCCUUCUCAACUCCGUAGCGAUGCAACUAAAGAAAGGGGGUAGUAGCGGGAGAGUGGUGGGGUUGGACCGGCGGCGUGAGACGGCCGUGGCAGCACUCCGACGGGCGGGGGCAGAGGGGGUGCAGGAGUACGUGACGUGCAGGGAGGGGGACGCCAGGGGUUUACCAUUCGCCGACGGGUACUUCGACGUCGUAGUGUCGGCAGUGCAUCUGAGUGGAUUGGGAGGGGGAGGGGCGGCGGCGGAGGCUGCGGCGGAGAGGGGAAAAGGGCUCGGAGAAGUGGUUAGGGUUUUGAAGGCAGGAGGAGUGGGGGUAGUGUGGGAUCUGGUGUGCGUGCCGGAGUACGCGCAGAGGCUGAGAGAGAUGCGAAUGGAGGAGAUCCGGGUGUCGGAGAGGGUCACCGCUUACAUGGUUAGUAGCUACAUCGUUUCCUUUCGAAAACCUCUUGCUCCACCUCUGGAUCAUUACCAGCCGUCCGAUUGGAGAACAACCAUCAUCUGCUAAUGCGCUCAUCCCGAGGUACAUAUAUAUAUAUAUUAUAGUAUUUUCUUUUUCUAUAAUUUGUUUUGUUUUUAUUUUUUGGCGUUUGAAUUGUGAAUGUUGUGAGUGGAUUAAGAUUUGUCAAAAGGAAAAAAAAAACAAGGAAUGUUGUGAGUGGUGGCCAGGCCUAAAAUAGGACUGUGCUAUUUUAGUUUUAUUAUUAUAAAAUUAUUGUUAUUAUCUUUAAUAUCAAUUAAAGAAAUUAAUUGAUAUAAUCUAAUGUCUGAGUAGAGAACAUUAUCUAAUUUAUUA